AUGGCUGAUUUGAAUAUUGAUGUGCCUGACAAAGUUGAACCGGUUACGCCUAUGCAAGAGAUCAACAAGGCGUAUGAGCUCAGCAAAUUCGGACGGUUUCAUGUCAAACUUCUAUUUGUCAGUUUCUUUGGAUGUGUGGCCAGUAUCCUAGUAACUAAUACUACUUCGUAUUUGCUGCCGAUAGCAGAAUGUGACCUGAAUAUGAACCUUAAACAGAAAGGGCUGUUGACUGCUAUGCCCUAUUUUGGUAUGUUCGUGUCAACAGUGAUAGCUGGUUUAUUAAUAGACACAUUUGGAAGAAUAUAUUUCCUAAGGAUUGGAUUUGGAGGAAUAUUCCUAUGUACGUUAUUCUCUGCAUCUAGUCAGACUUAUGAGAUGUUAGCUGCUGCAAAACUCUGUGAGGGUAUUCUAUUUGCAACAUCACUAGCUGCUAUAUCCUCACUGACGUCAGAAUUCUGUCACACGACAGUAAGAGAUCGUGUGAUGCUCUGUCAGUCCUCGUUUGCUGCUCUCACGCAGAUUCUAUCACCAGCUAUGGCUUGGGGUAUACUCAUACAGGAUUGGAAGUAUAGCUUCUUUGAGGGGCGUUUUGUACUUAAUAUUUGGAACUUCUACCUCCUUAUAAUGUCUUUAUGGUCGCUAACAGCCUUUUUAUUAUACAUGAUACUACCAGAAAGUCCAAAAUAUUUAGUGACACAGAAAAGAUAUGUCGAAGCAAAGAAUAUUUUGAUCCAAGUUUAUUCUGAGAACACAGGAAAACCUGCCGACACAUUUCCGUACCAAAACAUUUUUGAAAAGGAGAUUAAGGAGAAUGCAACCACCAAAGCUGAUGGCGAAGUAAAAGAUAAUUUUGCUAAAAAAAUCUUAACCUCUCUAAAGAAUAUGAAACCGCUACUGGGCAGACCCUUAUUGGGGUAUUUAUUAUUAAUUGGACUGAUGCAAUUCAUUACUCUUGGAAUACAUAACGUUAUUCGGCUGUGGUUUCCGCAGCUGUCGACAAUUGUGGAACAUUACAGUUUUGAGGGCGGUCAGAAUUUAUGUGGCUUAUUAGAUGAAUAUACAGGGACUUUGAAAGUCAAAAGUGCUUCGAAUUCUACUUCAGAUGUUUGUGUGCCGCACGUGAGCGGUUCAGAAACCUACAUAAACAGCAUAAUUAUAGGCCUCAUCAGCCUUCUGCCAUACUUCAUCAGUGGAGUCAUCGUGAACAAAGUUGGGAAGAAGGUUCUGCUGUUCGUUGGUGGUCUCAUGUCCAGUGGAUCUUUGCUUGGCUUGAGAUGGUCCAAUUCCAAGACCAUGAUGGUAGCGUUCUUCUCAACAAACAUAGCAGUGACGCAGACGAUGAAGAGUUUGACGCAAGUCGUGUUGAUUGAUGUGUUUCCUACUGCUAUGAGGACGCUAUCACUAUCUUUAGUAAUGCUGACUGCUCGUAUGGGGACACUGGUUGGCAACGUCGCCUUCCCCAUCCUCCUAGCCAUGGGCUGCUCCAUACCUUUCUACACAAUGGCUGCGCUCAUGGGAUUUGUCGUGAUAUUAACUGUAUUCCUGCCAAAGAAGAAACAAUAA